AAAUUUGUUUCGUUUAUAAAAAAUUGAAAAAAAAAAUUACAUAUUUCCAAAUAAAAAAUUUGUGAUUAUAAAUUUCGGAAAGAAUUCCAAGUUCAAAUAAUAAAAUUUUAUAUUAAUUCAAAUAAAGAACUGACCAAAUUCCAAUAUUCCAAGAGAAUAAACACAAAUCAAAUGACUGUCACAACCGCCAUUGUCACUGCGGCGCUAUUUCAAAUUAUUUUGCGCACGUCAUUCUUCUUCGAACCGGAGAAGGGACUCUGCUCGCCUGCGCCCACACUCGCCAGUUGGAUAUUUCUCAUCGCAUUAUUGGAUCUCAUUUCGGAUUUGUGUCUAUAUCCGGUGCGUUAUAUGCAUUUGCCAUAUUUUUGUCAGGUGAUGGUUGAAACGAUUAUCACAAUAUUUCUAACGGAAUUCGGCGCUGGCAUCGUGUGGUGUACGCUGGAGAAACUCUGUUGGCGUUUAAUUAAAUCCUUGCUACUCAUUAUGGGCAUGUCCACGACGACAUAUGCAAAUUAUGAAACACUCAUUUUGGGUCUUACGACGACUGCCAUCAGUUUGGUCAUAUUGGCAUUUGUUGGUCAGGCAACGGAUCAUUUUCAUUUAAUCAAAAAGAAAUAUCAACGCAUCGAACGGAAGGUGUCAUUGAACGUUGAGAUGUUCUGGGAUUACCUCAAUGGUUGUAGUACACGACGUUGUAAGGCCAUGCAUGAUUGUAUGUCUGAAGAUUUCAAUGAAUCCUAUUGCCCGAAACGUCGGCGCAGGCGUAGUAGACGGUGUUGAAAAAGUGUAUGAAUAUCAGCAUUUCCUUAAAUUUACCUUUGCCUCUAGUAGUCGCUCUAUUCUAUGACCUUUAUUUGUAAGUAAAAUUGUAUUGCAAUUAUUCGUCACGAAAUAAUAAUAAAUGAAUUUAGUACUAAACAA